AAUCCUUUAAGCUUCCACACGCUGUUGUAUGCAUCGCUGGGGUGGUGAAGAUUGAGCUCCUCGGGAGGAUUCAGAAACAGAUGGAUAAUUCUCGAUUCAUUCAUACUUACAUUACAUACCACGGCUGCUUUGCUGCUUCAGAUGAUGAUGAUGAUGAUGAUGGUAGUGGUGGUGAUGAUUGGGGAGGGAAGGAAAGAUAUGCUGUGGUUCUGUUCUUGGCAAUCAUCACCGCAUGCAAAUCCAAAAAAAACCAAGCAGCCGCCACCCCCAAGCCAAGAGUCGCGCAUGGCAGCCAUGCCCGUCUUCCGCCACCAGCGCUCCGCCUCCUCCUGGGCCGCCGCCGUUGCUGACCACGCGCGCUCCGGCCGCCACGACGCCGCACUCACCGUCUUCCGCCGCGUCCUCCGAGCCCACCCCGCCGUCGCCACCUCCGACCAGCUCGCCUAUGCCGCACUGCUCCGCUGCCGCGACCGCCGCCUGGCCUACCAGAUACACGCCCAAGCCUGCCGUCGUGGCCUGGCCGCCUUCAACCCCGUCCUCGCAUGCUCCCUCCUCACCUUCUACUCCGACUGCGACGACAUGGCCAGCGCCACCAGGGUGUUCGACGAAAUGCUGCACCCGGACGCCGUGUCCUACACCGCCAUGAUCUCCGCCCUCCUCCGCGCCGGGGACCGCCACCGGGCGCUCGCGCUCUACCCGCGCAUGCUCCCGCUCUGCGCGCCCACCCAGCACACCUUCUCCAAGCUGCUCGCCGCCUGCACCUCCACGCGCCUGCGCCGCUACGGCACCCAGCUCCACGCCCAGCUCCUCCGCUGGGGCUGCUGGGGUCCCCACCUCAGUCUCGUCCUCAAGACCGCGCUCCUCCACAUGUACGCCGCCUGCGGUGCCAUGGCCUCCGCGCGCACCGUGCUCCACGCCACGCCCGAGACCGACGUCGUGCUCUGGACGGCCAUCAUCACCGCCUACUCGCGGGGUGGCCAGCUCCAGCAUGCUCUGCGGGCGUUCCGUGACAUGGAACGCGCCGCGGUGCCACCCAACGCCUUCACCUAUGCAGCGCUCAUCGCUGCCUGCGCCGCGGCCCACUCGCUGCACAUUGGGCGGCUGCUCCAUGCCCGCCUCUUCAAGUUUCAUCUGGAGCACGACACCUCUGCUUGCAACGCGCUCCUGGAUUUCUACAGCAAGUCCUCCACACGUUUCCUCGACCUGCUGCAUGCUUUCCGUGCCGUCGACACACCCAACGUGGUGUCCUGGACUAUAUUCAUCGCUGGACUCGUGCGCCAUGGCAGGGACCAAGAGGCUUUUGCAGCAUUUGCUCGCAUGCGGGCUACCGGGGUGCAGCCCAACUCCUUCACCCUGUCCACUCUUCUGAAAGGCUCAACCUCCGCACAUGCAUGUCUACUCGCUGCAAAAAUCCAUGCCUAUGUGCUUAAGACCAGCUUUGAGUCAUUGGACGCGACUGUUGGGAACUCGUUGGUCAAUGUAUAUGCAAGGUCUGCUAGAAUGGACGAUGCGUGGAAUGUGGCUACCACAAUGUCUUUCGUGAGGGACAGAUUCACAUACACUAGCCUAGCCAAAGGGCUGAAUCAGAUGGGGCUUCACCACAGGGCCCUCGAGAUGAUACUUCAUAUGUUCCACGAGGAGGUUGAUAUUGACGGUUUCAGCCUAGCUUGCUUCCUUUCCGCUGCUGCAACCUUGGCAUCCAUAGAGGCUGGGAAGCAGCUGCACAGCUGCGCCGUCAAAUUGGGAUUGAGUGAUGAGGUAUCUGUCUCCAACAGCCUUAUUGACAUGUACAGCAGGUGCAAGUGUUUGGAGGAUGCUAAGAGUGCUUUCCGGUCAAUCAGGGAACCCAGUGUUGUGUCCUGGAAUGCUAUUAUAUCCGGGCUGGCAUCUAAUGGCUGUUACGCUGAAGCUUUGUCGGCUUUUGAAGACAUGAUUUUGACUGGAGCUCAGCCUGAUGGGGUCACUUUCUCAGUUGUGCUUUCCGCCUGCAGUCAUGGUGGCUUAGUUGACACUGGAAUCAAACAUUUCUACUCUAUGAUGAAUCUGUUCGGUGUUCCCCCACAAAAGAGCCACUGCACAUGGUUUCUAGAUAUGCUAAGACAAGCAGGCCGUCUUGCAGAGGUGGCACACACCAUCGAGGCAAUGCCAGUUCAGCUAGAUUUUGUCAAUUUACAGGACCCAGCUGGCAUUUUACAAGCUCCACAAUGAUCCGGUGGUUGGCAAAUAUAUCGCAAACAAGGCACUGGAGUUGGAUCCAUCAGAUUCAGUAAUACAGAAUAUGUAUUUCAGGCAUCAUGGUGCUCCUCGGAUACAAGAUCACAAUGAGCAGACAGGUUUGCGGGAUGAUGAGGGGUGCAGGUAUCCAAGCUAUGGGCUGCCAAUCCAUUUCUGUACACCGAGCUUGGGUUCUUGUUAUUAUGUAUUCCCAAGAAAACGGAAGUAUUAUUUCUGGGAAAUUUCUUCAAUAUAAGAAAAACGACUCCGUAUCAAGCUUGUGAUGAAAAGAAGGUUAAUUCAGAGUCUGCUUAUUUGUUCGUGUGGAGACACUUCCCACCUUCAAGAUUUUAUAGAGAUUUAAUUGCACAGAAACUACAUACAAUACAUGGCAUCCACCACCUUCACUUACUCAGUUAACCAGCAGAAAUUAAUCAAUUGUCUUGUACAACAGCGCUUAUUUCAAUUCUGUCACUUUAGCUCUUUAUAUGAGCCUUUUAAAUAAGUUAUACAAGAUAUGGAGCACCACAGUCAAUCCUCGAGCCACAUAUGUCCAAAAGUGGGUGUAGUAUGCUAGAAAAGGGAGGAUAAAAGGCUCCACAUAA